AUGGAUAACCAGACCUCAAUGUAUGCAUUUGGAGGCCUCCCUCAGCAAACCCCAUGCAUUCGGAGGCGACUCAAUCCUGGUACAUCAUUGGGUCAACCCCCUAAACGCAAACUUGAGACAGCUUCUGACACUCCUCAGAAGCUCCGGUCACCACGUUCACCACUCAGUGACCUCAACAAUCCUUCAUGCCCUGCAAUAGAAUCUCGCGCUUUCUCGGAUAAUUCUAGGAAAAUAAACCCUCCUCUAUCGCGAAUGGCUCCAGAAGUCACCGGUGUCUCAGGUUCUAAGCAAGUUUCCUCUGGUCUGCCUCUGAUAGACUUGAGCGACCGUGGAGUCAACACAUUCUGCCCUUCCACCCCUACCUAUGUCCUGGCGUGCAAAACCUGUGGCUCCACACAGCAACAUUUUCUCAAGGGCAACACCAAACAAGGAACACAACCUGUUGACAUUGUCAGGCUCAUUGUUGAGCACAACUUUGGCCGUGACAAGGAGAAGAGGGACCGACCAACAUACCACCCACUUCCAUCCUUCACUUCUCAUCCCCACCCUGGUGGCCUCCUAGUCAGCGCCAAUCCAAUCCAAGUGUUGAGUUUCUAUGAGCAUCAAGACUUUGCUGCAAGAGUUCUGAAAGGUGAACAUACAGCACUUACAUGGGCAAAAGUGACUGGCUUCUCCUUCACUGGAAUCCAAGAGAUAGUGAGGGAAAAGGCCCUGCUGCUGUGGUCAAUUCUUACAAUGGCCGCAAUUGGACCAAAUGUGUCCCACUUGGCAAAGGCCCGUGAAGAUGCCAUUGAGGGGGCAAGGGGUCGUGGAAGCAACAAUGUGCGGGAUCCCUGGCUGGGAUGCACUGUCUCCAUUCUUGUUCUGGCCUACUUCCAUUGCGUCAAAGUAAACAUGAUGCAAACUGUGCUCGGAAACGUACUUUUCACCACCAAUGCUCAUUGGUCACUCCAUUCCACUUUUGGGCACAUGGGCCUUGUCACAUCAUACAGCAACACUCUUGAACGGCUACACAGUCUGGGACAGGAAAAGAAGGCAACACUGAAAGCUCUUGGUUGUAUGUUGGUGGCUGGGGAAAUUCAAAUACAUCUCCUCUAUGACAACAUAAAUCAAUAUCACCGGGCUUGGAGAGCAAAUCUUACCAGUCAGAAUAGGCUUGAGAGUGGAACAGCGGUGACCCUCAUUGUGCAACACAAAAUUGAUGGACACAAGAAUGUGUUCAAUGGACCGGAGUAUGAGUGCCGAAAGUUAGAGUCUAGCAAGGAACCUAUCACCUUCAAGGCCGAUGUGAACCCACUACACCUUGAGGACGUUGCAAUCACAAAUAUCCUAUGGAUUUUCCUCAAGUUCAUACCUCACCUUCAAAAGUUCAAAAACGAUGUUGACAAUCUCCAAUAUGUGAAACAUGCAAAGUGCUGCAUGAAGCUGCAGAAGACCGAGUACCACCUGCUGGAGUGUUCUGGCUACAAUGAAGCAUCUACCCAAGGGAACCGUGAUGUGGUGCUGGAUGCCUUCAUUCGACAACUGGGACUGAGCUGCGAUGAAUUGGAGGGAAGGCAGUUCCUGGUGUCAGGGGACCAAGCAACAGUUGCACGCUUGCGCACGUUACUCGAACAGACCUCACUCUGUCGCUCCUGGUUUACGACACAUAAAUGGGUUCUCCCUGUGAUAGAACUGUGGCAUCUUAAGUGGGCGUUUCUGAAGGGGAUUUUUAAGGCUCACUGGGCAUGUAAAGUAGGCAAGGGGGAUGUUGGAUUGCGCACUGCUGCUGAGGCACUCGGGUGGAACAUCAAUCCUGACAAAGUCGAAUUUUACCCCUGCUACCGGCUAGCUGAAUUGGUCUUAACAACCAUGACCCUUCAUUAUGCUAGAUGUUUUUUGCACGAGAAGGCCACAACACCCCUUGUUGUGUCAGGUGGUAUCAAUCGAUUGCACCUCAUUGAGGAGCUUCAGGAGUAUUGCAAGCCAGAUCUCACGCACAACAUAUACACAACAUACGGCACAACAGAAGCCACGACUUUCGCUCAGCACCAUGACUCCACUGUUGGAGGGGCCUUCUUUAACUCUUACGAAAUCAACCCUUCCCAUGAUUGCAACCCCAUGGGAAACACUGCCCCAGUGGCUGGCAAUGACCCUCCCCCCUUGGAUGAACGAUCCUGGGGUGACACAUUACUUUAUAAUAACAUUGUCCUUUAUCGUGAUUUGCUGCAUCUCUAUGAGCUUAACACGAGUGUACAUGAUGGGGAUAUUGGUCGUACUUUCGAAGUUAUUCAUCAAAAUCUGAUGCUUCAGUGGCUCCGUUUCUAUUUUUUCGGUGUCGGGUCCAAUAACUAUGGCAAUGAGCUGCUUCAACAAGCUCGGGACUUCUGGUGGCACCUCCCCACAGCAACGUGA